CUCUCUCUCUCUCUCUCUCUCUCUCUCUCUCUCCGGUCCGGAAGGUCUGAAUUGCGCAAUUUCGCGGUGUGGCGUACGCGUGCCUCGGUCGGAUCCUACCAGUUUCAACUUCUCGCCUUCAUCGGAGGCUCAGUUGCGGCUCAAACCGUCCAUUAUGCCAUCCGUCUACGGAGCUCGUUUGACGACCUUCGAGGACUCGGAGAAGGAGAGCGAGUACGGUUAUGUCCGCAAGGUUUCAGGUCCAGUGGUUGUCGCCGAUGGCAUGGCUGGGGCAGCAAUGUACGAAUUAGUUCGUGUGGGUCACGAUAACCUCAUCGGGGAGAUUAUUCGUUUGGAAGGAGAUUCCGCAACAAUCCAAGUUUAUGAGGAAACAGCAGGUCUCAUGGUGAAUGAUCCUGUUUUAAGGACACACAAGCCUCUGUCAGUGGAAUUGGGUCCUGGAAUUUUGGGAAAUAUUUUUGAUGGAAUUCAGAGGCCCUUGAAAACUAUUGCAAAAAGGUCCGGGGACGUAUAUAUUCCCCGUGGUGUCUCUGUGCCUGCCCUUGAUAAAGACAUACUGUGGGAGUUCCAGCCUAAGAAAUUAGGUGAAGGAGAUCUUUUGACAGGGGGAGACCUGUAUGCUACUGUCUUUGAGAAUAGUCUAAUGCAGCACCAUGUUGCACUGCCUCCAGAUUCAAUGGGGAAAAUUACUUACAUUGCUCCGCCUGGUCAAUACUCACUAAAGGACACUGUUCUGGAGCUGGAGUUUCAAGGUGUGAAAAAGCAACUUACUAUGCUUCAGACUUGGCCUGUACGUACACCAAGGCCAGUUGCAUCAAAGCUUGCUGCAGAUACCCCUUUGCUUACCGGUCAGCGUGUACUUGAUGCACUUUUCCCCUCCGUUCUUGGGGGAACCUGUGCUAUUCCUGGGGCAUUUGGAUGUGGCAAAACUGUCAUCAGUCAAGCUCUUUCCAAGUACUCUAACUCUGAAGCUGUAGUCUAUGUUGGCUGUGGGGAACGUGGAAACGAAAUGGCUGAGGUCCUUAUGGAUUUUCCACAAUUGACAAUGACAUUACCUGAUGGUCGUGAAGAGUCAGUUAUGAAGCGUACAACGCUUGUGGCAAACACUUCUAAUAUGCCUGUGGCUGCUCGUGAGGCAUCAAUAUAUACAGGUAUUACAAUAGCUGAGUACUUCAGAGACAUGGGCCGCAAUGUCAGUAUGAUGGCAGAUUCAACAUCUCGAUGGGCAGAAGCACUUCGUGAAAUCUCUGGACGAUUGGCAGAAAUGCCUGCAGAUAGUGGGUACCCUGCUUAUCUGGCAGCACGUUUGGCAUCUUUCUAUGAGCGAGCUGGUAAAGUGAAGUGCCUUGGUGGUCCAGAACGAACUGGUAGUGUUACAAUUGUUGGCGCUGUCUCUCCCCCUGGAGGAGAUUUUUCUGAUCCUGUAACAUCUGCCACCCUUAGCAUAGUGCAGGUCUUCUGGGGUCUGGAUAAGAAACUUGCUCAAAGAAAACAUUUUCCAUCAGUGAACUGGCUCAUAUCCUACUCGAAGUACUCAACAGCAUUGGAGUCCUUCUAUGAACAAUUUGAUCCAGAUUUUAUUAACAUCAGGACAAAGGCUCGUGAGGUACUGCAGAGAGAAGAUGACCUCAAUGAAAUCGUUCAGCUUGUAGGUAAAGAUGCUUUGGCUGAAGCAGAUAAAAUUACACUAGAGACUGCAAAACUUCUGAGGGAGGACUAUCUUGCUCAAAAUGCCUUUACCCCAUAUGAUAAAUUUUGCCCCUUCUACAAGUCUGUGUGGAUGAUGCGCAAUAUCAUCCACUUCUAUAACUUGGCCAAUCAGGCUGUCGAAAGAGCUGCAGGUAUGGAUGGGCAAAAGAUAACUUACAGCCUUGUCAAGCAUCGGUUGGGAGAUCUAUUUUACCGUUUAGUGUCCCAAAAAUUUGAGGAUCCAGCUGAGGGGGAGGAAGCUCUAGUGGCCAAAUUCAAGAAGCUACAUGAGGAUCUUACUGCAGGUUUCCGCAACCUCGAGGACGAAACUCGAUGAAUUGAGUUAGGAACUUCAAUUCCUCAUGGAUUUUCGGCGCAAAGUCACUUGGUCACACCUUUUCUUUCUAUAUUCUCUGCUUUCUGAGUCCUUUUGAGGGGGCGAUCAGAGAAUUGGAUUUUUGUGCAUCCCGCAGUAGAGAUUGCUUUGGUGUUUUCUUGGUGUUUAUUCAAUUGUACCUAUUAUUUUUUCAUGUAUCCUACCCUUUAUCUUAUAAUUAUGUCUUUAUUGAUCUGAUUUAAAGUUCUUUUAUGGAUAAAUGUGUUUAUGCAGUGUAGUAAUAAUGUAGCUGGAUGUGUUUUACUAGUCAUUGGAAUUGACC